AGUUACAAAGAAAGUUAGCAUUAUGCUUCUUAUUUUCUCUUUCAAAUACGUGGUAAACUCUGUAACGAAGAAAGAAAAAAAGUUUUUUCAUGUUUAAAUUAUGUCUUUACCUUUUGUCAAAGUCAAAACGAAAUAGUUUAUGGUUGCCAUUUUGUUUUGCGAAAACGACGCUUGUUAGAAACUUAGUGAGAUUACAAUUAGAAAGUGAUUUGUGAAUAAAUCUACGAAUGUUAUUGUAAAAAAACGCUAACGUAAGAUGAAUUCGACAAUAUCUGAUGAUUUAUCCCGUGAGCAUUUAACUUUUGAAGCAGUCAAGUGUUUAAAAAAUAUAUCUUCGAAGACGCAAUCAGUGACAUUGCUGCAUAAGGAACUCUUAGAAAUAAACUUAUCAAUAACUGCUUACAUUCAGGAAAGUAAAAAACGACUUGCAAGGCUUCGUCUAGACUUGGCACACGACGCAAUAAACUCUCAAAAGGUCGUUGAAAUAUUAUCUGAUAAGUAAAAUGUCAUCACCAGCAACUCCUUGUAAACGCAAACCAAACCAAUCAAAACUUAAAAAGACACCUCCAGAAAAUAAUAACAAUACCAAUAACAAGUUUUCUGAGCGUCAGCAGGCUCGAUCUUUCAUCACAUGGUAUAAGCGCAUGAUUGACAAUGAAAGAUACAACUUAGCCCUGUACCUAUCUGAUGAUGCAAUGCUUGAGUGGUUUGGCCGAACAAUAAAAACAAGAAAGAAAGUUACAGCUUUCUUAAAAUAUGAUAUGCAAUGUUCUCGCCAUGAUUUCACAUCUGUUGAAAGCAUAGACAAGAUCCAAACUAGACAAGAAACUUUGCAAAGAAAAAAUGACUCAAUCCUGGCUAGUCCACACCAUUCCCCUGAGAUUAUCAGGACUAAAGAAAGAAGUCACAAAAGGAGACUGCUUAGAUCUAACUGCAACAGCCCUGAAUGGGCUGAGGGUUGCCAGCCUCAAGAAGAAAUUAGCAUAGACAAUAACCAAAAGACUGACAACACUGGCCCUGAUGAAGGAAAAGUUAAGAAAACGGAUCACAACCCACUUAAAAGGUCGUUCCCUGAGGAUAAUUCAGAGAUAAGUAGUAAGGGUGAUGGUAUGCGUAAAGUGAAGAGGAAGUGUGUGUCGAUCACACCUCCCAACCUCGAAGUGGGACAGGGUGACUGUCUACCUUCCACUAGUGGCACAGACUCUGAUAGGUCACAUGAUGCACUCAAUGCUCAGUUGCCUAAGUUAGCUGUAGAAUGUAAUGGUUACAUAGAAUUUACUAGAACAAGGAAUAACCGAAGCACUGAAGCUAUGAAGUAUGAGAGGAAGUGUAAAGUACAAAUUAGUUAUUCUGAAGACCCUCUCAAUGUUGGAGAGUAUAUAAUUUGGGCAUUACGGUACACAGAUGAGAGUAAGUGCAGGAGGAAUUUGCUGGCUGCUUUUGAGGAAGUGGCUAAAGAAGAAGCCUUGAAGAAAGUUUAAAAAAAUAAUUUUACUGUCAAAUUCCAUAUGUAAAUAACUAAUGUUGCCAAGUUUGUAAUAAUUGUUAUGAAAUAGUUUUAAUAUUUGUUAUUUUAUAGUAAGGGCUCUAGGGAUCAUUUUAGUAGCAAGAAGACUUCCUAAAGCUAUUGAAUUCAUUAAAUGAAAAUGAUUCCUAUUAUCCUUGCAACAUGAUAAUUUUAAGCAUACUAUGCAUGUUACUGUUAAUUGUAUUUUAUAACUGAGUUUGGCAGUAAAAUUAAGAAAGAUGCAAUUUUUACAACUUGUAAACCAUGUGAUAUGAAGAUAUUGUAUUUUUCUAUGUUAGAGCAUUUAUUUUUAUGUAUGUUUAUGAUACUGUAGUAUACAAUGUGACCAAGUUAUACCUCUUGACAUGAAUUUGUACUCUAGUAAUAAUUUUAUAACAUAUUUUGUUACUGUAUUCUGUACUUGACCAAAGUUUUUAAUUAACACAUCUAAGAUUCUUAAGUGACAAAGCCAAUACAUUUAUAUUAAGUUUGCCUACUUUAUUGUUUGCCUCUUAUAGGUACUUUAUGGAUUAAAGUAGAUUUAACAGUAUUACAAAUAAUGUACACAUUCCUAUUUGCAUGUACACAAAAAAAAAAUAUUUUUUUUCAUUUGAAAAUAGCUUUUACAUGUGUCUGCUAAAAUAAACACUUGUGCAUACAGCUUUGUAUGUUUUAUGAAUAUACUGUCUCUUUUUCUUGAUAUUGUAAUCAUUUUAUUUCAUGUAAGAACAAGGAACCAUCAUUUAACGAUCAGCAGAUAUUGAUUGGGACUAUUUUUAUUGGGAGAAUGGUCUUUAUCAAUUUGAUUGAUCUUAAUUCAUGGUUCUAGUGUCUCAAAUGUACACUCAUUCUCUGUCAAUGCGUUUUCUUUUUACCACCGACUUCUAGCCUGUAUUAAAUAGGAAUAGUCUAUAAUUACGAAGUUUAGAUCUUAGUGUUAAACAUAGUUUUACUCGAAUCUUUUGUUAUGGAAGCCGUAAAAUAUUUUAUGUCGAAUACGCUUCAGGUUUUAUUAGGAGUGUAAUUCAGUGGGUAGUAAUAGCGAUAUUAACUUACCUAGUGCAAAAACACUUUACAGUGUUAUAUAAAAUGUACUGUGCUUAUUUUAUUUAAUCUCAUAAUGAUCAAAAAGGUAGGUUCACAAAUCAUGAUGGUAUAUACAAUGCACGUUUACGGGUCAUGAUUUGAAAUUGCAAGUUGGUCGUGAAGUUAACAUUGCAUUGUGAGGGAUAUAUUCGAAGUGGCGGUAUGAUAUUUGAGACUGUCUUCGGACAAUGGUUUCAUGGAAGUAACUUGAACUAAGUGGUCAUAUCACAGUUUGUUGCUGUGGUGUGCAUUACUUCGGAAUCUGAUCGUGUCUAUUAUAGUAUGUACGGUAGGAAUUCGGCAUAUUAUUAUACAAUAUUGUAAAUGAGAUUGCCAAUUGUUAGUUUUAAUUACUUUAAGUUUUGUGUUGUUAAUUCAUUACUUGUGAAGUAAUGGCGAUGGGAAUAAUUUUGUUUUGAUUAUGCUAGACAUGUAUAAUAAGGUAAAUAAAACUUGUUUAGAUAUA